CUCUACAAGAUAUAAAUGAUAAUGCGCCUUUCUUAGUUAAUAAAAUGCCUGUUAUAUGGCAGGAAAAUCGUAAUCCUGGACAGGUUGUACAGUUGCAAGCGAAUGAUUACGAUGAGGUUCAGAAUGGUCCACCAUUUACUUAUGGUAUUGAUAGUGAUGCUUCGGCAGAUAUUAAAACCAAAUUUAGUAUUGAUAAUGAUUACCUCUUUGCUAAUGUACAAUUCGAUCGUGAACAACAGAAAGAAUACUUCAUACCAAUACGUAUCAGUGACUCCGGACAACCUAGACAAAGUGCAGUAAGCAUACUACAUCUCAUAAUUGGUGACGUGAAUGACAACGCUAUGACUGAGGGCUCCUCACGUAUUUUCAUUUAUAAUUAUAAGGGUGAGGCACCUGAUACUGAUGUUGGAAGAGUUUUUGUCGAUGAUCCUGAUGAUUGGGAUUUGGAUGAUAAGCAAUUCCAAUGGAAAAAUGGAAUACCACAUGAUAAUUUUCGACUUAAUCCCAGUUCUGGUAUGAUAACUAUGUUACAAGGAACGCAGGAGGGAGAAUAUAUGCUAGAAUUUGUAGUUACAGAAGAAUCUACUUUUAUUCCAUACCACUCCGUUGAUGCUGAUGUGACAAUUGUGGUUAGAGAACUUCCAGAGGAAGCUGUUGAUAAAAGUGGUAGUAUACGCUUUUUCAAUAUAACAAAAGAAGAUUUUAUAAGCAUACCACGCGAUGCUCAUGCUGAUGAUUCAUUAUCGCUUAAAGAUAGAUUACAAUAUUCUAUUGCUAAGCUAUUUAACAUAUCUGUUUCGAAUGUCGAUGUUUUUACUGUUUUGGAAAAUAUUAAUAACACUUUAGAUGUACGUUUUUCUGCUCAUGGAUCUCCUUAUUAUGCACCAGAAAAACUCAAUGGUAUGGUUGCUCAAAAUCAGCAAAAACUAGAGAAUGAUCUGGGUUUAAAAAUCCAAAUGGUGCCCAUUGAUGAAUGUUUAAUAGAAAAAUAUAAAUGCGAGUCUUCAUGCAUGAAUAUUUUACAAAAAUCAUCAGUUGCUUACGUUAUAUACUCGAAUACCACAUCUUUUGUAGGAGUUAAUGCAUUUAUAGAGGCGGCCUGCGUAUGCGAAUCAAGAAUUAGAAAUUAUUGUCUUAAUGGAGGCACGCCGAAAGUAGGAGAAGACGAUGCUUGCGAUUGUAUUGAAGGAUUUUCGGGUCCCCACUGUGAACUUGUCUCUGUAGGAUUCUAUGGAAAUGGUUAUGCUUUCUAUGAACCGAUUUCAGCUUGUGAUAAUACAAGAAUAAGUUUGGAAAUUGCACCGCAAACAGAUCAUGGCCUUGUAAUGUACAUUGGUCCGUUAAACUAUAAUUCAUUACUUCCGUUGACUGAUUUCUUGGCACUUGAACUAGUCAAAGGUUAUCCAGUUUUAACAGUCGAUUAUGGCUCUGGCGGUGUACGUAUUGAACAUCGACAUAUACAGUUACAAGCUGGUAAAUCGUACCAAUUGGACAUAAUACUACAAAAGACAAGUAUUGAAAUGACUGUAGAUAAUUGUAGAUUAUCGACUUGUAUGAGUUUAGGCGCACCACAAGGUCUGAACGAAUUUCUUAACGUUAACGCACCAUUACAGUUAGGUGGAACACCAGUAAAUCUUUUACAAUUAGGUCGUCAGCUCAAUUGGACUUAUAUACCUAGUACGCAAGGCUUUUUCGGUUGUAUACGAAAUUUAACAAUUAAUGAACAAACAUAUAACUUAGGAGCGCCAUCAGUAUCCCGUAAUAUUGAUUCGGGUUGCCAACGUGCUGUAGCUGUCGCUGUUAGCUUCGGUAUAGAUCGUAAUUUCAUUAUUGCGAUUAUAUCGUGUGUUUUGCUUCUUCUUAUUAUAUUAUUAGCUGUAGUUGUGCAAAAGAAACAAAAGAACGGUUGGCAUGAAAAAGAUAUUGAUGAUAUACGAGAAACGAUUAUAAAUUAUGAAGAUGAAGGUGGUGGUGAACGCGAUACCGAUUAUGAUCUAAAUGUAUUACGCACUCAACCGUUCUAUGAGGAAAAAUUGUACAAAGAUCCUCAUGUACUACAAGGUAUGCGAGAUCCAAGUGAAAUUCCAGAUAUCGGUGGUUUCUUAGGGGAUAAAAAAGAAAAUUGCGAUAGAGAAUCGGGUGCUUAUCCCGUUGAUGAUGUACGACAUUAUGCGUAUGAAGGCGAUGGUAAUUCUGAUGGUAGCUUAUCCAGUUUAGCGUCAUGUACUGAUGACGGAGAUCUCAAUUUUGAUUAUUUAUCAAAUUUCGGACCACGAUUCCGUAAAUUAGCUGAUAUGUACGGUGAAGAACCAUCCGAUACAGAUUCUAAUGUAGAUGAUGAUCAAGGAUGGCGCAUUUAAGUAAAUUAGUUUAACAUUCAUUCGUGUAUAUAUACAUACGCAUAUUAACAUAUCUAUAAAUAAAUGGACUUAAAAGACUUUACGCUGUCAUGUCGCUUUAUGGCGCUUUAAUUUAUAAAACAUUUACAUUUAAGAGUGUGAAAAGUUAUAUCGAUUGUUAUAAUUUUGAAAAUACGUGUAAAAACUAAACAAAUAAAUUACGAACAAAUAUUACAUCAUUAACUAUGUUUUUUGAUAAAAUAUAGAUAUUAUUAUGAUA